AUGGACGAGCUCGCGGUGGAAGUGCGAGGAGCGAGCGGAGCUUUCUACAAGAGUUCUCGGCAACUGGCCUCAAGGUUCCAUGAGCAGUUUGUGGUGCGUGAUGACCUCAUGGGAUUGGCCAUAGGCACCCAUGGGGCGAAUAUCCAGCAGGCCAGAAAGAUUCCUGGGGUCACAACCAUCGACCUGGAUGAAGAGACCUGCACGUUUCACAUCUAUGGAGAGGACCAGGAGGCUGUACGGAAGUCCAGAAGCUACCUGGAAUUUUCUGAAGAUAUUAUCAAAGUUCCUAAGAAUUUAGUCGGAAAAGUCAUUGGCAAGAGUGGGAAGCUGAUUCAAGAGGUUGUGGAUAAAUCAGGUGUUGUCAGAGUUCGAGUGGAACCGGAAAAUGACAAAAAGCCUUCUCCAUUAGAGGAGGGACUGGUGCCAUUUGUGUUUGUGGGGACGAAGGAAAGCAUUUCAAAUGCACGGAUUCUGCUGGACUACCAUCUGAAUUAUCUAAAGGAGGUAGAUCAGCUGCGAAUGGAGCGACUGCAGAUCGAUGAACAGCUCAGACAGAUCGGUGGAGGGCCUAGAGCUUUGCCGGGACGACCUGAGAAAGAAAAACCUUUCGUGGCUGAUAAUGGAAUGGGACCCUCACGAGGUGGCGGCAAACCCUUCGGUCGUGGAGGGAGAGGGAGACGGGGCCCGACACUGGCUUCAGGCACCAACUCUGAGGCCUCUAAUGCAUCUGAGACUGAAUCCGACCACAGAGAUGAGCUCAGUGACUGGUCCCUGGCCCCUACAGAUGAGGAGUCCAUGGGUUACCCCAAAAGGGCCCCUGAUGGACGCAAAAGGGGUGGAGGGCCCCGGGGUCGUGGAGGGAGAGGAAGAGGAGGAUACAAAACUGAAGACAUGCACUGGAAUGAGUCCCGCUCCCGUAGUUCCAGAGACUCGAAGCCGAGACCCCAGGAAGACACAUUGCAGAUCCGCAUCGACAGCAAUAACGAGAGGAGCGUCCACACCAGCCGAGGCUCUCAGGCUCUGGCAGGAGACAGCGGAGGGAACCGGCAGAGACCCAUAAAGGAGCGAGGGAUGAAGAAAGACAAGCAGGAUGGCCCGGACAGCCAAGCCGUUGUGAACGGCGUUUCGUAGAGAAUAACGUGCCCCCUUUCCCCCAUUCUCCCACUCGGCUCCACCAAUCCAGAUGCUUCUUCAUUAGAGACACAUUAGGCCAAAGAGAACCAGGUCAGUAGGGCUGUCGCAAGACAUGACAUAAAGCACACUUUCUAAUUGUUAGUUCGGGUAAAAGACGAGGUCUCUUGGUGUAUGGUGUGUUGAAUUCGGUAGUCUUCACGGAUUAAAGAAACCGGCCUCUAAAUCACAACAGAAGCUACAGGUUUUCAAAUUGACUUUCUAAACAACUACCUAUGAAGCAUAAAGAAGCUGUGGAUUAAAUGUCUCGCAAAAUGGAAUUCUGAAAUGUUUUCCAAGCAAUUGGUUUUUAAAGUUUUUGUUUUCCACAAUGUCCCAAACAAAAGGGAAAGAAACACAUUGGAGAAUGAACUCAAGCGCUCGGGGGCCCAAGUUUAUGCCACAUCUCACGGCAUACGUUGUUUUUUUACGCGCUUUGGUGUCCAUGAUUACUCGAGCCCAUUCUGAUGUGAGAUCUUGGCCACAAAAAUAACAAAAAAAAAAAAACUAAAAAUGGCAAAAGAAAAAAAAAAAAGCUCCUGUCUGGAUCUGUGCCUUUAACUAGUGUGAAUAGUAUCAUAAUUUGGAUGUUUAAAUCAGGGAAGAAGACGUGAACAACCUGUCUGAGCAACGUGUGUUGCAAUCUCAGCCGACGACUAAAAAAAAAAGUUUUUUUUCUUUUUUGUUUUGUUUUUCUGUGCUGCAUGUAUUUCACAAACAUUUUGUAUGUCUGAAAAGCAGGAUUCUAUCAAGUCGGCCGAAUUCUGAUAUUUUGCCAUAGCUGAAUUGUGUGUAAUAAAGGUAUUAACCUAACUAAACUAGUCAACUGUGGAAGUCAUAAAUUGUAACCGACCACCCAGAGACGAAUAUCAAUGCUAAUUCAUUGUCGUCAACAGCACAGUUAAUUUUGUCGUUUAGCAUAUCUUUGCAUUGUAGGACAAUUAUAAUUAUUAUUUUUUUUUAAGAGGUAGCAAAGCAGUUUUCUUUCAAAAAACAUGUCUGUCAUUUUCCUCCCACACAAGGUGAACUUGUUGGGACUUUUUUUUUUUUCUCUCAAACAAUUUGUAAAUGCUCAUUUUGGUUUCCAUUCAUGCUGGCCACAGUAAACUGCCAUCUCUCCUGCUGUAUUUCUCAGCAUCAGGUGUGAAGCACUUAUAUCAGAUCUCUGUAACAUUGUCUGUGUCCUAACAAUGGCUCAUCUGUGGGGUUGCAUACUGUAUAUUAUGUCAUCCGUUAAGAGAUUGUGGCUGUUCUUUUUAGAUUGAACUUUAAAUGUGCACUUAUCAUGUUUGUGUUACUCUGCAAGUACUUUAUAAUCUCUCAACCUAUAAUAAACUAGAAUGUGAUAAGACUUCCUCGGCAGGUGAAUCACAUGUAUGCUGUCAACAUAACUAAACUGAAGUUUAGAUAUCUUCGCUAAUUUUGAGUCUACUGUACUUUUGCAGCUGAAUUCGCUUGGAGAGGGACGAGAAGGGGGGAUAUGCGAUGUUAACUUUGAUAUGAAAACCGUCUGUCUUAUCCGAUUAGUGCUUGUGCAUUAAACUUUAGUUUACAUUUUCGAGAAGACGCGAUGCUGUUCUGAACCCACGAUUCUUUCCAAACCUACUGUGACGAUAACCAUGGUAGUUUUUCUGCUUUUCCUUUGACUGUACAGCAAGAAACCCGUUCUUUGCUCUUUUUCUCUACGUUUCUAGUUCUCUUUGCGCUCCUGUACUCUCGCUUAGUCACCUUGGCGAAUAACCUGUUAAGCUUAUACACACCAGUUUGGAAGUGAUUUGCCUGUGAAUACGAAACGGAAGCUGAAAAGAACCUGUGACUGGCGGAGGAUUUGCGGAAAUAUAAACCACUCUCUCGACGGAGGCGGCUCAGGAUGCCCCUCUCGUGUGGCUCUUUAAUUAAAAAUAGCCUUUACUUCAAAAUAAGGUGUUAAAUGGUUUACUCUCAGUAUUUUUAAAACCUGCACGUCCACGGCGGGCAGUAAAACUGGCAAGAUGGCGCAGUUCGCCGCAGUCUGUUCGAGAAUAACGAUAAAAAUAAAAAAAAACCUGUUUCGAAUCUUUUGAAAGUGUUGCCAAACAGACUGUUUUCUAAUUAUUUAUUUUUUGGGAAUGUAUAUUAAAAUGACAAAUUGUAAAACCAUCUCUUGCACACAUCGUAGGGUAUUGUGAUUGAAAAAGAGCUGAAAAAAAAAAAA